AUGGCUGAACCAGAGGAAGAAACGCGCAGCACUGCCUCCAACAAGCGGUCUCGUUCUGAGCUCGAGGAGAAUCAAGUGAAUGAUGAGUCCUCAUCAUCGGGGGAUGACUUUGGCCCUGCUCUCCCUUCCACCAUACCUAGAAAGAAACGACGAAAGCUACCCUACGAAAAGGUCUACAUCAAUGCGCUCCCAGUUUCGGCCCGAUACUCAAAGUCCCUAAUGCACAAGGACCAGCUCUCCUUCGUUACUCUAACCCCUCAUACUGACUUCCUUAUUACAAGCUCUAUUGAUGGAGUUGUCAAGUUUUGGAAGAAGAUGCCGGUUGGUGUCGAGUUUGUGAAGGAAUUUCGCGCCCAUGUUGGAGAGCUGAAAGGUGUGAGCGUUAGUCUUGACGGUAGAAAUUUCGCGACGGUUGGAGUAGAUAAAACGGUUAAGAUAUUCGAUGUGAUUACUUUUGACCUCCUGGCCAUCAUAACAUUGGAUUAUGUCCCAAGGUGUGUUUGCUGGGUACAUCGGCGAGGCGCAUCGCUGCCACUGUUAGCCGUGAGUUGCGAUUCAACUAGCGACAUUAUGAUUUACGACGGACGAGGAGAAAACUCCACGCCCAUCCAUACAUUGAAAUCAGUCCAUCGCUUCCCGGUUGUCGCAAUGGCAUUUAACGAUGCAUAUGACUGCGUUAUUUCUGCAGAUGAAACAGGAAUGAUCGAAUACUGGCGUCCGAAUACCCCCUUCGACAAACCAGACAACGUGUUUGAACUGAAAUCUACCACCAAUCUCUUUAUUUUUAAAAAAUCCAAAUCGGUUCCGUCUUCAAUUACAAUUUCUCCAUCAGGCCAUCAAUUCGUGACGUUCUCCUUUCCUGAUAGGCAGGUUAGGGUAUUCGAUUUCCCAACCGGCAAAUUACACAGGUCCUAUGAUGAAUCCAUCACGACGCUCACGGAAAUGCAGCAAGCUGGAACGGCACUCUAUAAGCUCGAGGAGAUUGAGUUUGGACGGCGGAUAGCGAUUGAGAAGGGACUUGAAAACCCGGCUACCGUGCCGAAGAUUAAUGUGGUCUUUGACGAGUCUGGCCAUUUUGUGAUGUAUGGCUCUAUUAUUGGGAUAAAGUGCAUCAACACAUUCACAAAUCGCGUUGUUAGAGUCUAUGGCAAAGAUGAACCAUUUCGUGCCCUCAAUCUUGCCAUUUAUCAAGGCCAACCGCAGAAAAAGGGGGUUGUAACGGUUUCUAUGGCCGCUAGUGCCAAUCCUUUGCUCCAAGAAGCUGAAGAGCGUGAUCCUAUGCUCGUCAGUACUGGCUUUGCUAAGCUCCGUUUCUACCUCUUCACGAAUGAAACGGAGGUAUCCAAAUCAAGCCGCGACGUACAAAACGAGAAACCAGUUGGAGCUCGUGAAGACGCUGCAGCUGCAGCUGCUAAACAAACAGCAACGGGCACUACGGCCGUGCUCCAUACCACCCUAGGCGAUAUCCACCUCAGACUUUUCCCUUCCGCAGCCCCCAAGACUGUUGAGAAUUUCGUUACCCAUUCACGUAAUGGCUACUACAACAACACCAUCUUCCACCGGGUGAUUCGCAAAUUCAUGAUCCAAGCCGGCGACCCGCUCGGUGACGGUACUGGGGGCGAGUCGAUUUGGGGCGGCGAGUUUGAAGACGAGUUCUCGACUCUGCGUCACGACAAGCCUUAUACGCUCUCAAUGGCUAAUGCCGGCCCGAACACAAAUGGCAGCCAGUUUUUUAUCACAACUGAGAAGACGCCGUGGCUCGAUGGGAAACAUACGAUAUUCGGCAGGGCCGUCAAGGGGCUUGACGUGGUGCAUAAGAUUGAAAAUGUCAAGACGUACAAAGAGAAACCAGAGGAGGACGUGAAGAUCGUCAGCAUCAGCAUUACAUAG